AUGGAGCGGUCGGUGGGGCUCAGCCCCGUCUUCCUGCUCUGGCUUCUGCUGUGGGAACCGGCUGCUUCCCGCUGUGCUCGCUCUCUGGUCUAUAAAUUCACACUCACUCCUAAUGAACAAGCAUGGUGUGAAAUUCAAGGCCAGGCCAAUGGAAACACAUUUCUUCAUUAUACCUGUGGUAGUAACAAGGUCACUCUCAUCAGUGUUCCGGAGAUGAAUGCCACACAGGCCUGGAAUCAGCAGAGAGACACUCUGCAAUACGUGAUGGACGAGCUCAGGAAAACCCUGCUGAACAAUAAACCAAAGAUUCCUGCAACCAGCCAUCCUCUCUCCCUACAGGGCAGCAUGAUGUGUAAGGAGGAAUCCAGUGGACCUACCAGCGCAUCCAUAGAGUUUGGAUCGGAUGGACAGAUAUCUCUCUACUUAGACUCAAAGAAAGAAAACUGGACAGUGUUGCAUGGUGAAGGCAGACUGUUACAUAAAACAUUUUCGAGUGACAGAGAUAUGACCCAUCUCCUUGUUAAGACCUCAGCUGGAGACUGUAAGAAGUGGCUUGAACAAGUUUUGUGUCUCCAGGAUGAAAUUCUGAACACAACAGCUGCAUCACCCACUGCCACAGCCACAGUUCCGCCCAAGGCCAACAUGCCCAUCGUUUUAAUCCUCUCCAUCAUCAUC